GCCGCCUCGCUCGGAGAAGUUUCCUAUGUAAUGUUGAUCUUCAAUCCACUGAGUUCGGCGCAGAAAAAGAAAGGAAACUCUGAAUUUAUAUUGCUUUACACGAGGGGCACUUGAGGCUUUGUUGAAUUCAUAACAUUUGCUUUAAAGUGAAGUUUUAAUAAGAAAGAUUCGCAAAAUAGUUAGUCGAUGGCAUGGGCUGUGUUUGCAGCAAACGAAAAAGACAAGAAGCAAACGGGAACUUUAAGACUUCCUCGAAAAAAGCUCAGAGCUUUGAUAAUGUGAACGCUGAUGAAAAGGAAACAGGGAAUAAUCAAACUUUACCAGCUCUACCUGACCUGCCUGAAAUCCCACAGCAGCAGGUCGAACCGAAACUCGUUUAUGUGGCGCUGUACGACUAUGAAGCACGCACAUCAGAAGACCUUAGCUUCAGGAAAGGAGAGAAACUCGAAGUGAUUAAUGGCAAUGAUGCUAUCAACGGAGCGGAUUGGUGGCAGGCACGUUCUCUGGUCACAGAUGCUGUUGGAUAUAUUCCUAGCAACUAUGUUGCUCCAGCGGCUUCUCUGAAAAGCGAAGACUGGUUUUUUGGCCCAAUUAAAAGAGUGGAUGCAGAAAAAAUGCUCCUAAUGCAUGGAGAUAGUGGAUCAUUUUUGAUUCGAGAAAGUGAAAGUAAACCAGGAGAUUUCUCUCUUUCACUGAGAGAUGGGGAAAUUGUGAAACACUACCGCAUUCGAUCCAUGGAUAGUGGAGGUUACUAUAUUGCUCACAGAGCUAAGUUUCCAACACUUAGUGAGCUUGUCGAGCAUUACCAAGAAAAUUCUGAUGGACUGGUCAUCAAACUUGAUAAACCUUGUCCCACAUUACAGGCUCCUGCCCCUAAGGACCUUGCUUACAAUACAAAAGACAAAUGGGAAAUUCCACGUGAAUCAAUUCGAUUGGUUAAUAAACUAGGCCAAGGGCAGUUUGGAGAAGUAUGGAUGGGACUGUGGAAUAACACCACUCCUGUUGCAGUGAAAACAUUACGUCCCGCAACAAUGUCACCAAAAGCAUUCCUUUCAGAGGCGCAAAUUAUGAAAAGACUUCGCCAUGAUAACCUGGUACAACUUUAUGCAGUGUGCACGCAGGAAGAACCAAUUUAUAUAGUAACUGAGUUAAUGGAGAAUGGAAGCCUCUUGGAUAUCUUGAAAAGUUCUGCUGGACGAGAGCUUCAACUUCCAGAGUUGAUUUACAUGGCUGCACAAAUUGCUGCUGGAAUGGCUUAUUUAGAAAUAAACAAUUACAUACAUCGUGACUUAGCAGCUAGAAAUAUUCUAGUAGGAAAAAAGAAUGUAGUUAAGAUUUGUGACUUUGGUCUUUCAAGAAUUAUUGAUGAGGGUGAAUACAAUGCAAGGGCUGGAGCCAAAUUUCCCAUCAAAUGGACAGCUCCAGAGGCAGCUUUGUUCAAUAAAUUUACCAUCAAAUCUGAUGUAUGGGCUUUUGGAAUUCUGUUAACAGAGCUGGUCACCUAUGGACGUGUCCCCUAUCCAGGGAUGGGUAAUGCAGAGGUGUUAGCUCAGGUUGAAAGAGGCUACCGCAUGCCUUGCCCAUCAAACUGUCCACCAAGUCUGUACACAAUAAUGAUGGAUUGCUGGAAAGCAGAUCCCAUGUCAAGGCCAACAUUUGAGACUCUUCAGUGGCGUUUAGAGGACUUCUUUGUCAUGGACACUACAAAUUAUGCAGAUUAUCCUGAAUAGCUUAAAUACAGUAAGAAACACUUGUAUAUUUUAAGAUAGAGUUGUAAAGCAUGUAUCAGCUUAUUGCAGGUAUGGAGUACAUGAUUUCAGGCUAAAAGCCUGUAGCUGAUAAUUAACUUUGAAUCAACUUUUCCUAGCAUAGGAACAGUCAGGAGAGGGCAUUAGAAAGAAAUCAGUAAGACGUCAUAUAAGGAAAUGAAUGAUUCUCAACUUGAAGUUGAUUCGGUGAAUUAACUGCUGCUGAAAAUUUCAGAGAUCUGUCAUUUGGAGUUUGAACUUAUUACAAUUUCUUCCAAGAAAAUUGUAUUGAAUUUCCCUUAGUGGGAGGUGAGUUAAUGAAGUAUCAGCCUCACUUUUUCAAUUAAGGAAGAUUGAGGUCUGACAAAAUUCAGAUAUUCUGACAAACAUCAAUCUUCUCUACUUGCAGUCAAGACGGUAAUUAAGUUUACUUGAUACACCACCUCACUUUACAGUUAAGUAAACAGUUUUCAAACUUAGUUGCUGUUAUUGUGCAAGGAUAUACUGACAGAUUCACAUCAUUUAACAAUAUUUAUAAGCAUCUGCUUUUUGUAGUUAUCUGUUUUGUUAGUGUUACAAAAACAGUUAUUUCACAAUAAGUUCAUGGAAAAUGUGAAGUUGAGGAUGACAGAACCUCUAUUUCUUUUAUCUCCCUCUGCCUUUGUAGACAGGCCAUGUUACUUAACCCUUUUACUCCCGUGAGUGACCAAGACAGAAUUUCUCCUUACAGUAUCAGUACAAUAUCAAGCAGACAAGUGAUGAGAAUAAAGAAAAAGAUCAAUUAGGGAUUAUAAGUUGAUCCAAUACCAAAUUCUCCAAACUAACCUCACAAGAACUGAAUGGAAGACAGUUAGAAGAAUUACUGAGCAGAUCUUGGGAGUUAAAGGGUUAAAUGUGCUGUAAAUGUCAAAUUCCACCAUAUUGCUUGUUAGGAAAUACUAAGGAUUUACAAGUAGUUCGCAAAUGUUUUCAUUUACCAAGGGAUAAUCUCAUGCAACUAUUGUCAAAAUCCACUCAGAUAAAUUCAGGACUUACAAAAACAUUUAC